CGAGACGCAUUUUAAACGCACAAAACACUAAGCGGAUAAAAAUGAUCAAUAAGUUGUAUAUAAAUUAGAAUAGCGAAAGUAUUUUCAGAGAGAUGCUUUUUCAAACCUAUGAAUAAAUUUUUUUUUAUUUUUUUUAUUUUUAAACAUUGAAAAAGUAAAAUGCUUAUAAUAGCGAAAUUUUCACAAAUUUAUUUACUUUUACACGUCUGCACGGCUAGUGAUAAUAAAUUGAGAUAUAAUGCUGACCUUACUGCCGCGUCGCCCGAUACUAAUACAAAUAAAUCCUUAAACGAAAUCUUAGUAACUACGACGGCUUCAACUGCCAUAUAUGAUAAUCAUGUUUGUACCAAAGAAGAGGAAUAUGUGGAAGAAAUACGUACCCCUUCGAUGGAACCAGUGCGCAUUCGCAGUUCAGCCUGGUGCUUAGAAUUCCCGCCUCGCUGUUCGAAUUACAAAACGGAAAUGCGCGAAGUAAUUAAAACGGAGAAUGUAACCAAGACGCGAACCAUACGUUUCUGUUGUGCCGGCUACGAAGGUAACAUAUCAAUAAACGACACUGUUUGCAAAGCAGUUUGUAGAGGAGGUUGUGGUCGCGGGUUUUGCAUGAAACCAGAUAUGUGCAGUUGCGAGCCUGGCUAUAUGGGCAAACACUGUACACAGCGUUGCGAUCACGAUCAUUGGGGUUUAAAUUGUAAGAACGAAUGUCGCUGUCAUAAUGGUGCGGUUUGUGAUAAUAAAUCUGGUUUAUGCCACUGCACUAUAGGUUGGACAGGAGAAUUCUGCGAGCAACCUUGUCCGUUAGGCACUCAUGGUGUCAUGUGUCGUAAAACAUGUGAAUGUGAGGGCAAGCGCUGCCAUCCUCAAACAGGAAUCUGUGACAACGUGUUCAGCUCCUUAAAUUCACCCAAUGUUACGCAUGUUAUGAUAGCCUCCUUAAAUUCUACAAUAGCGAAUAUAACGCAUAAUUUAGAUCGCUUAGCUAAAAAUAUCGAUAAUAUUGCGUCAAGUAGCACUACUGAGAAAUUUUUACAUGACUAUGAGUGGAACUCUUCCAAGCCCGUGCCAGAGGUGAUAGUGAUUAAGCAAGACGAACUGGCGCAUACCCCGAAAAUUAUUGUCCAUCAACCCGGUCAAGGUUUACUGGAAAAUCUUCAUAAUGCGGUUAAAAGCCCCGAUGUUAUACAUGUUAUCACUAAUGGCUUAGGCGAAGAACACAAUGUAAGUCAGGAGAACAAAUUACAAAUGGCCGGUUUCGCUACUAUACCAGAGCAAAAAGAAGAUCAUCUAAAAGUUAUUGUUCCGCAUACACCAGAACAUGAAAACAAUUUACUAACGACAAUUUUGGUGAUAUUGUUAGUGAUAAUGGUAGCCAUAGCUAUGGGUUUUCUCUAUGUAUACAGGCGUUAUCAUUUACAAAAGGCUCAUGUUGAGGCAGCCUUAGCUGCACGCAGUGUCAGUUUAGUCCCUGGGGUAAAUGCUCCCGUUAUUAUAACGUCACCCCCUCCAAUGUCUGGCCAACAUAAUUUAACUUUAAGUGGCUUUCAGGAAAUGCCGGGUAGUUUGGGUAAAAGUUUUCUAAAACCAUUGCCAGAUUUACCAGCUUUUACUCAAAUGGUACGCAAUAAAAUCGAGGAACCCGACUUGUAUGAUGCACCAUUAAAUAAUGCUUGCAUAAAUACCUCGACGCCUAUUGCUUAUAGACGCAAAGAAUCUUUAUAUUCGGUGGUGACCCCAAAGUCUCGAAAACCUAGCAUGGACUCUCAUUUAUACGAUGAAAUACCCUAUUCCACAGCUAACACAGCGAUGACAACCACUACGGAUGCCUUGAACCCCUUGCACACCGAUCUAACUACUCCAAAUUACCUAAGGGCACAAACUCACCAACCAUCACUACAAGGUCAAUUUUUAAAUCAUCAAAAACAGCAACAGCACACACAGCAUCACGUGGCACAAUUAUUUAUUCCGUCACAGAGCGGUACGUUUACACACAUACAGCCACACCUGCCACAAAGUCUGACGAAAAUCGCUCAUAUUUAA